AAGUAUCAAAAUAAUUUGGUAUUUUGCAAUCUAUGUUUUAUCAACGACAUGUGUAUCCAUGUUAAUAAAUAGCAUAGAAAUUGAUUGGCUUGCAUAUUGGAAGUUCCUGACAAACACCUGGACGACACAGGAAAAAAAAAAAAAUGAGUGCCCUCAAGAUCACCAAAAAGCACCACAAACACUUGAACAAUCCUUUCCCUUCGGCACCUCUCUCUCUCCCACUCAUCCAAGGAAAGCUUGUCUUUAAUUCUCAAACGGUGCCUUCACCCCAACGUUUUGAUAUUGGAAAGGAUUUUGAGCUGUCUUGGAACACCAGCAAUGGCGGGUCUUUGUCAAUUUCUCACCGAUCGCAGCCCAGGAGAGCCAUAUGGUCCACCGUUCCUGGUCAAGCCUUUGUCUCUGCAGCAGUGGCUCAAACACGAGUGGAAGAAAGCAGGGGUUCUUUUGUGGUCGAAGACAUUUGUGUUGAUCUGGUUUGCCAUCACCAAACCAUUCAAGACAUAAGGGUGAUCAGUCAUGAUUCUCCAUCUGGGUUUUCAGGGCUGGACCUGGAACCAGAUUCUCCAGGUACCCAAUUCCCUAUUGUCCUUGUAACUGGCUGGGUUUUCAAUACGGAGAGGAGGAAGAAGCGUUUUCUGAAAUCUGGGAGUCCCAAAUUUGAGGGGAAGGGAUCUUCUGCUUGUGCAAAGUAUUGGGUUUUGUUUGAACAGAAAUGCAGUCAUCAAAUUGGGUUCAAAGUGAAGCUUGGGCAACCCAACUUUGAAUUUCCCACCAAAGCAGCUACUUACAAGGGUUUUAGAACUAGGCUGCUGGGUCGGUUUCAGAAACCCAGGCUGCGGUGGUCUUGGUCCUUUACGAGGCCCAGAGGGUUUGUCUUGCUUCCCUCUGAGGCUCAACAAUUCAAAGAAUUCAACAGGGUGUGCCUGACAUAUUCAAGUGAAGAAAAGGAGAGGUUUUAUGGAUUUGGGGAGCAAUUCUCUUAUAUGGAUUUUAAGGGCAAAAGGGUGCCCAUUUUUGUUCAGGAACAGGGUAUUGGGAGAGGAGAUCAGCCUAUUACCUUUGCAGCUAACUUAGUCAGUUACAGGGCUGGCGGCGAUUGGAGUACAACCUAUGCUCCUUCCCCAUUCUAUAUGACUUCAAAGAUGAAAUCUCUUUACCUUGAAGGAUAUGAUUAUUGCGUAUUUGAUCUAACACAACAUGACAAAGUUCAGAUAAAGAUACAUGGGAAUUCAGUAGAGGGACGGAUAUUGCAUGGAAACUCACCGACUGAGCUCAUUGAAUGUUUCACUGAAACCAUUGGGAGACCUCCUAAACUUCCAGACUGGAUUAUUUCUGGAGCUGUUGUUGGCAUGCAGGGUGGCACAAAAUCUGUACGUCGUAUUUGGAAUGAGCUUAAGAGUUACAAUGCUCCAGUUUCAGCAUUCUGGUUGCAGGAUUGGGUGGGCCACAGAGAGACAUUGGUUGGAUCACAACUCUGGUGGAAUUGGGAAGUAGAUUCAACAAGGUAUAUGGGAUGGCAACAACUAAUUAAAGAUCUUAGUGCUCAGCAUAUUAAAGUGAUGACAUACUGCAACCCAUGUCUAGCUCCGUGUCAUGAAAAGCCAAACAGAAAGAGAAACCUCUUUGAGGAAGCAAAGAAGUUGGACAUAUUAGUGAAAGACAAGCAAGGAGAACCUUACAUGGUUCCAAAUACUGCUUUUGAUGUAGGAAUGUUGGACUUGACACAUCCAGAUACUGGAAAUUGGUUCAAGCAGAUUCUUCAGGAAAUGGUUGAUGAUGGAGUCAGAGGAUGGAUGGCUGAUUUUGGUGAAGGCCUGCCUGUGGAUGCCACCCUCUAUUCAGGCGAAGAUCCUAUUUCAGCCCACAACAAGUACCCAGAGCUAUGGGCCCAAAUAAAUAGAGAGUUUGUGGAAGAAUGGAAAGCUAACCGUGUGGGAAAGGAGAAAGAAGAUCCACAAGAGGCGUUGGUCUUUUUCAUGAGGGCUGGUUUCAGAGAUAGCCCCAAAUGGGGAAUGCUAUUUUGGGAAGGAGAUCAGAUGGUAAGUUGGCAGAUUCAUGACGGAAUAAAGAGUGCUGUUGUUGGUCUACUCAGCAGUGGAAUUUCAGGGUAUGCUUUCAAUCACAGUGAUAUUGGAGGGUACUGUGCUGUAAAUUUACCUUUCAUCAAGUAUCGAAGAAGUGAAGAAUUGCUUUUGCGAUGGAUGGAGCUAAAUGCUUUCACCACUGUUUUCCGGACACAUGAAGGAAACAAACCAUCUUGCAACAGUCAAUUCUACUCAAAUGAGAGAACUCUAGCUCAUUUUGCACGAUUUGCUAAAGUCUAUAUAGCUUGGAAGUUCUAUAGGAUCCAGCUUGUCGAGGAAGCGACUCAUAGAGGCCUGCCUGUAUGCCGCCACUUAUUUCUGCAUUACCCUAAUGAUGAACAUGUUCAUAAUUUGAGUUACCAGCAGUUCUUGAUUGGUACUGAGAUUCUGGUGGUGCCUGUCCUCGACAAAGGUAUGAACAAUGUGAAGGCUUAUUUUCCAACUGGUAAUGACUGUUGGCAACAUGUAUGGACUGGAAAGCAGUUUACUGAAGAGGGUUUUGAAACCAUAGUAGAAGCUCAAAUUGGUUACCCUGCUGUAUUUGUUAAGACUGGUUCCGUUGUUGGAGAGACGUUUUUGAAAAACCUCAGAGAUUUGAAAAUUCUUUAAGGCAAAAAUCUGGCCAUUCAAAUUAUAAAUAGUUUUUAGCCUAUAUAUAUAUUUAUUUAUUUAUAUAGGGCGCUUCUAGUAAAGGAUCCAUUUUUUUGGGCAUGUUUUAAGGGAUUGCUUAUGAG